AUGUCAUCGCCGCGGAAACUGCGUAUUCUCAUGCUGCAUGGCUAUGCCAUGAAUGCCUUUUCGUUUAGCAAGAGACUGAAGGCCCUUCAAAAAGAGUGCAAGGAUGUCGCUGAAUUCGUCUUUGCCAACGGCCCCAUUCAGGUAAGUCCUCUGCCUACGGCGGAAAACCCUGAGCCUGGACCGCCAAACCCCAAUGAUCCCAUUGAGAAGCAGGCACGCUCAUGGUGGCGCAGCACAGGCGAUGUGUACGAGCAUUGGGACGAGUCAUUGGCGUAUUUGCAGCAGUUUUGCCGUGAGCACGGCCCAUUCGAUGGUGUGCUAGGCUUUUCGCAAGGCGCUAGUGUAGCUGGCGUCGUAUCGGCCACGCUGAAUUAUCCCGACAAAGCGCAUGGAUUUUCGGAUCCGAUUCAGGACCGCCCAUUCCUCUUUUCCAUCUGUGUGUCAGGCUUUCGUCCUGCGGAUAAGCGCUUUGAUCCGAUCUUUGAAAAAUUGUCGCCUACCCCUACUCUUGUGGUGCUUGGCAUGAACGAUCAGAUUGUAUCGCCCACGCGGACGCAGGAAUAUAUCAACUGCUGCCAGCAAAUUCGUGUACUUCGACACCCAGGCGAGCACUAUCUUCCCUCACCGGCUCCAUGGCGGCGCUUCUUCUAUGACUUUUUCGUUUCAUUCCUGAAUAACACGGGCGAAUGGAAAACAGUACCCCCACCUGAUGUGGAAGGCAUCUCGGAGGCAGUGAAUGAAGCUGCCAUGAACAAAUUAUAA